AGGAGGCGGUGGAAUGGGAGUCAAACGUUAACCGGGAAGGAACGGCUUUAAAUAGGAGAGAGAGCGGGAAGGAGGAGGAGGGGAUGGGUCACGGCGGCCGCCGACGGACGUAGGAGUCGGAAACGGGAUUGGAGGUGUCCCAGAGCCACCAGGAGCUUCCCCUCAGGUGCCACCAUGACCUUCGUGGAGCUCCUGAGCCGCUUGGGUGGGAUGGGACGGUUCCAGGUGACCUACGUGACCGCCUUGGCCGCCCCUCUGCUCCUGUUGGCCGCUCACAACCUUCUGCAGAACUUCACCGCCGCCGUUCCCGACCACCACUGCCGCCCUCCCGCGGCGGCGCUCAAUGCCACCACCCGAGAGGAGCAGCUCUUGGUCUCCAUCCCUUCCGACGGUCACCGAAGGCCCCAACGGUGUCGCCGCUACGUAGAACCUCAGUGGUACCUCCUGGAGGUCAACGGUACGGCCGCGGCGGAGGCGGCCACCGAGCCGUGCCGCGACGGAUGGACCUACGAGGAUGGGGUCUUCUCGCAGACCAUCAUCACUGAGUGGGACCUGGUGUGCGAGUCCAAGGCGCUGCGGCAGGUGGCCCAGUCCAUCUACAUGGCCGGGAUCCUCCUCGGCUCCGGAAUCUUCGGGAUCCUCUCCGACAAGUUUGGACGUCGGGCGCUCCUCACGUGGUCAUAUCUUCAGUUGGGCGUCACGGGCGCGGCCACGGCGGCCACCACCACCUUCUCCACCUACUGCCUCUGCCGGUUCCUGACGGGCCUCGCCAUGGCCGGCGUGUCCCUCAACUCCGCCUCUCUCUGCAUGGAGUGGAUCCCGACGGAGGCCCGGGCCGUGGUGGGGACCAUCAACGGUUACUGCUACACGUUGGGACAGUUCGUGUUGGCGGCCGUGGCCUUCGUUGUCCCUCAUUGGCGUUGGCUCCAACUGGUGGUCUCCAUCCCCUUCUUCUUCUUCUUCCUCUACUCGUGGUUCUUCGUGGAGUCGGCGCGGUGGCAGGUGAUCGCCGGGAGGACCGACCUCGCCCUCAAGGGGCUCCGCAAAGUCGCCCGAGUCAACGGGAGGAAGGAGGAAGGGGACAAACUCAGCGAGGAGGUGCUGCGGUCGCUGGUGGGUCGGUCGGCGCCGUUGCCGGGAGGGGCUGUGCCUGCUCUGCUCCGCACUCGGGCCAUGAGGACGGUGUCGGUCGGAGUCUCCUUCUUCUGGUUCUCCACCGCCUUCGCCUACUACGGGUUGGCCAUGGACCUGCAGGGCUUCGGGGUGGACAUCUACCUGAGUCAGUUGGUCUUCGGGGCCGUGGACAUCCCGGCCAAGCUGGUGUCGGUGUUGGUCAUCACCUGGGUGGGGCGGAGGGUGGCCCAAGGAGGAGCUCUGGCCCUCGCCGGCGUCUGCAUCUUGGCCAACAUCGUCGUACCCAUGGAGCUGCAGCUGCUGCGCAUGGCCUUGGCCGUGGUCGGGAAGGGCUCGUUGGCCGCGUCCUUCAACUGCGCCUACAUCUUCACCGGAGAGCUCUUCCCCACCGUCAUCAGGCAGACGGGGCUGGGCCUGGGGGGGACGCUGGCGCGGGUGGGCAGUAUGGUGGCCCCUCUGGUGCAGAUGACGGCGGAGGUGACGCCGGCGCUGCCGCUCCUCAUCUAUGGGAGCGCUCCCAUCGUCGCCGCCAUCGCCACCACUUUCCUGCCCGAAACCCGGAAUGCGGCUCUGCCGGAGACCGUCCAGGACGUGGAGAGAAGGGCGGGUCACCUCAAGGACGAGGAGGUCGUGGUCCCCUUGAGCACCACCAAAACCAAGGACGGCAUCUGAUGGGGGGAAGAAGACGGGAAUCGGGGACCCAGGGAAGGGCGACACCUCCACUCCCGACGUUAUUUAUUGAACCCCAAUUAAACCUCAUCGUUAACGAUGGCGUCAACGUCAAACGCUGCCCCUAAAGGGGACCCGAAAGGGUCGGGGAGGUCCCCCAAAAGGAGGCGAACGAGGAUUAAUUACCCAAAUGUUAAUCAGGGUCUGUUCCCGGCUCCGGAGCUUUGCCCUUUGCCCCAAAUCCGGUGAUUUAACCUCAAAGUAAAGCUGCAAAGAGAUUAA